AUGUUUUUGGACGAUGCCUUUGAAAUCUGGAACGAUCUUCGCGAUCGAUUUUCUCAAUCUGAUUCUGCCCAUGGUUAUCAGCUUAGGCAGCAGAUCAUGAACUUAAAUCAAGGUUCUUCUGAUGUUAACUCCUACUUCACCAAUCUCAGGGUUCUUUGGGAUGAAUUUUGUCACUCUCAGCCGGUUGCUUGGUGCACCUGCAACACCUGCCAUUGUGAUAGCGCUAGGAGGUGGCACUCUCAUCAGGAGAAAGAGUGCACUAUGCAGUUCCUUAUUGGCUUGAGCCCAAACUUCUCCCACAUCAGAUCUACAAUAUUAUCCAUGAUUCCCAUGCCUACUCUAUCCAAGGUCUUCUCUAUGGUACUGCAGGAGGAGCGACAGAGAAAUAUUGGUGGUCCUCCUUCAUCUGUGGUUUCUCCGACCAUUCCUGUUUCUAGUGAACAGCUUUUUGCAGCGAAUGCUGCUUCCUCUUCAUUUGGCAGGGAGAGGAAAUGCUCUCAUUAUGGGAAGCCUAAUCACACUAUUGAUAAGUGUUUUGCUCUACAUGGUUUCCCUCCUGGUUUUGGCAGACUUUGUUUGGGAAGGGUGAGAGAAAAAUACUUGGAGGGUGUGAUCAAGCCUAUGCAUAUCAGGAACAAUCUUCAACUGGCUGACAUAUUUACCAAACCAUUGGGAGCAACGGCCUUUCAUGAGAUCUUGAGCAAGAUGGACUUCAAGAGUUUAAAUCCACGUAAGCACACCAAUCCUCCGCCAGGCCCGGCGGCGCUGCCGAUGCUCGGCCACCUCCACCUCCUGAAGCCCUCGCCCCACCGCGCUCUCCAAUCUCUCUCCAAGAAGCACGGCGCCGUGAUGCAGCUCUACCUCGGCCGCCUCCCCGCCAUCGUCGUCUCCUCUCCCUCCGCCGCCGAGGACUGCCUCGCCCGAAACGACGCCGUCUUCGCCAACCGCCCCGACUCCCUCGCAACCCGCAUCCUCGGCUACGGCAGCACCACCAUCGGCUUCGCUCCCUACGGCGACCAUUGGAGGACCCUCCGCCGCGUCACCGCCGCCCAUUUGUUCUCCCCCGCCAGCCUCCACCAGACGGCUGGCGCGCGCCGCGGAGAAGUCCGCUUCAUGCUUGGGAAUAUUUGGCGGGAAAUGGAUUGCGACGGGUGGAGGAGAGUGGAGAUGAGGAGUGUCUUCUUUGAAUUGGUGUACAAUGUGGCGAUGGUGACGAUCGCGGGGAGGCGGGGGCCCGUGAUGGACGACAUGUUCGGGCCGAGCAAGAUUCUCGAUGCCUGUGAUUAUUUCCCGUUGUUGGGAUGGAUUGAUUUGCUGGGAAUUCGGAGGAAGAUGGAGGCUUUGAAUUCGGAAAGGGAUAGAUUUUUGCAGGGUUUGAUCGAUGAAGUUCGAUGCAGGAAUGGAGAUCGUGUUUCUGUCGGAGGAGGGGAAAGGAAUUACGUCGACGUGUUGUUGUCGUUGCAGCGAUCGGAGCCGGAAUAUUACACCGAUGAGAUCCUCAAGGGACUCAUCAUGCCGAUGUUCACUGCUGGGACACACACUGUAGCUCUGACGAUGGAGUGGGCGAUGUCGCUCCUUUUGAACCACCCUGACGAGCUGGAGAAGGAGAGGAACGAGAUAGACGAGCACGUGGCGCCCGGGAAGUUGCUUGAUGAGUCGGACCUUCAAAAUUUGCCGUACCUACGAUGCAUAAUCAAUGAGACGUUGCGGAUGUACCCUGUGGGUCCGCUACUCGUCCCGCAUUGUUCUUCCGAAGAUUGCAACGUUGGCGGGUACGACAUUCCUGGAGGUACAAUCUUGCUAGUGAACGUUUGGGCGAUCCAGAGGGACCCGGAUGUUUGGGAAGAUGCCGAGAUGUUCAACCCUGAGAGGUUCAGAGGGUUCGAAGGGGGGUAUGACGGGUUUAGAUUCGUGCCGUUUGGGGCAGGGAGGAGGGCGUGCCCUGGUGCCGGGAUGGCUAUGAGGCUCAUGGGGUUGGCUUUGGGGUCUUUGAUACAAUGCUUUGAUUGGGAAAGGGAAGGGUGUGGAUUGGUGGAUAUGGAACAAGUUUUCGGCCUAGCUUUGUCCAAGGCUAAGCCAUUGCAGGCAUUGUGUCGACCACGUUCUUCCAUUGUGUCUAUGUUAUCAUAGCUUUGGAUUUAUACUUCUACUACUUGCAGUAGUUUGUUAGCUUUAAUCAAAUUCUAGUUUUAAAAGUAACCAGGAAAAAACAUGAAAUAAAGUUUGGACUUAUUUUACAA